CGCGCGAAUUUCAUAUUAAGAACGAUAUUUCUUUUUAAUUAAAAAAUAAUAAUAAUCUUAAAUUCUUUUCCUGGUAUAAUCUUGCAGAUAAAAAAAUAAGUGUGAAUUUUUAAAUCGUUUUCUUUUUCCUAUAAAAUAACAUUUUCCUUUUAAUAAUUUGGCUUUAUAAAUAACCUUUAAAUUAUUUAAUUUAUUUCACUUUUUUUAUAAAUAUUGUGUUUUUCAUGGACAAACGUUUUGUGCCUGUGAUGUGAUUUAAAAAAUAUUGUAUUUCGUGUUUACCGUGCCAGAAUUUUGACGCUUUUUGGUCACUGAACCACAAUGGCAUUCCUGCUAUUAAUCCUCCUAUCAGCAGCAAGCAGCCAAGAGGUGUCGACUCCAGCAAACCUGCUUGGUCCCAGGAACUACAACUACCAUGCUUAUCGAUACUUGGAGGACCCCGAGCCUACCAAAAAAGGACCAAUAUUAUUUCCAAAUGAUGCGCCACCGCCGCCUAGACCCCCACUCAUAGUCACCGCGAGACCCCUAACAGAAUCCAUCGCCAGAAGUGAACUCAACAACUCCAUAGCAUCGUCCUCACAGAUCAAUCCGGAAUUUCGGCUUAAGCCAAACUUUCUCAAGCCAGAGUUUCGGCUUAAACCGGAGUAUAGAAAGCCAGAUUAUUUGAAAGGAUUCCUGUCAAGGAUUAAGGAUUAUCGGCCAUUUGUGCUGCCAACACCAGCUGCCGAUUAUGCUGCUUAUGACGGAAGGAAGUCAGUCUUGGAUGAUAUUGGGGACAAUGGAUACGGCGAUUAUACGGUACAGACACCUCUACCGCCAAUCUACAAGGUCUUAGCAGAUCACGCCAAGCAGAAAGUCCUUAAACUGAAGCACAAUCCGCUGGAGCCAGCUCAUCAUGAUUACCAGGUUAAAGAACCAGAUUAUUCUCACCGCUACCAACAUAACGACGUGAGGGACGAUGGGGAAGCAGAUUAUGAUCAUGCUUCGAACUAUGCCUUCUCCUACACGGUUAAGGACCAGAAGACAGGCGAUGACUUCUCACAUUCCCAACACAGCACCGGUUCUUCUACCAACGGAGAGUACAGGGUUCGACUCCCAGACGGGCGUAUGCAGAUAGUCUCCUACACAGCUGAUCAUAACGGCUACAAAGCUGACGUAAGAUACGACGACGAAGACAAAACUUCUGGAAACAGAAUCGAUGAUAAUCAUGAUUACAAACAAAAACCCGAUUACAAGAAUACUCUUGAUUACCGAACAAAUGAUUACAAACAUGAUUAUGAUGAAAAUGAUUACGAUAAACAUAAUGAUUACAAAAGUAAUCCUUACGAUUAUGUUGUCAGUCGGGAUUACAAACCAGUUGCAAGUAAAGAUUCUUACAAUCAAUAUACUGAUUUAUCAAAAGAAUAUAAUAGUGACUAUUCGUUAGAAUAUGACGGUAAAGAUGAUAACUACAGUCCACAUAGGAGCAAGUUCUCUUCUUUCGUACCUAAAAGUUCUAAUUUAGGCACAAUUAUUGUACCAACAGAGAGACAGCUAAAUUCUGUGUCUUCAACUGUAAGGCCUUCUUAUGAAGAACUGAAACAUCUUUUUGUGAAUAAACCCACGCAAAACUAUUACAAAAAUGUCGAAAUUAACGUCCCAUCGACAACACCAAAUACUUUUAAUUUUGAUCAAACGACAGAGCAUGUUGUUGUGAUAGGGAAGACGAACCCAAAUCUGUAUACUAAUAUUAGGAACGUACCGCUAACUGCUACUCCCUCGCCGGUAUCAACUAGUAAUUUUGUAACACCAAGGAGUUACUUAGUAUCGACGAUUGCUAGUUUAGCUAAAGGAGAAAAACCAGUGUUGUCCGACAGCUUUAUUAAUAGGAUUAACAAGUACUUGACAUUUACUUAAAAUGUACUUGCUUACAUUAAUUUUCGGUGCCGAUGAGGAUAAAAUCUGGCUAUUUCUCCCAUUUUGGUUUUGGUUAUAUUUUUACACUAUGACCCUUUGCGCAUCAAAAUAAAACCAUACUUAGUGUUAUAUUUAUUCCCUAAAGAUCGGCAAGAACAAAACUUAUUUUCAAUAAAAACAGCCAUUUUCCAACUGAUGGCUUUUCUUAAAUGGGUUACGGACAAGCUACCGAAAUGAUAAAAUAACACUUUUAAAAAAAAAUCAGCAUGUUACAGUUGCCGUAACUGAAUGUUUUUUUUUUUUGCCAAGGUAUAGGACUACUUACCUCCACCAAUCCGCAUUGGAGCAGCGCAGCGUGGUGGAGUAUGCUCCAUACCCCCUCCGGUUGAUUGAGGGGAGGCCUGUGCCCAGCAGUGGGACGUAUAUAGGCUGUUGAUGAUGAUGAUGAGGACUACUUACUUUAGCCAGAAAAUUAUACAAAAUCGUUUAACAGAACUUUGCACUACCGUUCUCAGCCAAGACAAGUUUUUUUUGGCUUUUGCAAUUCACCCUAUUAUUUUAUUAAUUUCCUUUGCCUAAAUCUAACCAAGUUGUAUUUCCUUAGUAAGUAUUAAUUAUUUAAGUCUGAAAGUUUACCAAUUUACAAGAAAAACCAAAACCAUCUAAAGAUCGUUUUUAAAUUGUUUUUGUUAAUAUUAUU